AUGGAUGCUCCCAUAUGCCGCGUUUGUCACAAAAGCAAGGACAUGGAUGCUCCCAUAUGCCGCGUUUGUAACAAAAGCAAGGACAUGGAUGCUCCCAUAUGCCGCGUUUGUCACAAAAGCAAGGACAUGGAUGUCUCUAUAUGCCGCGUUUGUCACAAAAGCAAGGACAUGGAUGCACCGCUAUGCCGCGUUUGUCACAAAAGCAAGGACAUGGAUGCUCCCAUAUGCCGCGUUUGUCACAAAAGCAAGGACAUGGAUGUCUCUAUAUGCCGCGUUUGUCACAAAAGCAAGGACAUGGAUGCAUCCAUAUGCCGCGUUUGUCACAAAAGCAAGGACAUGGAUGCACCGCUAUGCCGCGUUUGUCACAAAAGCAAGGACAUGGAUGCACCGCUAUGCCGCGUUUGUCACAAAAGCAAGGACAUGGAUGCACCGCUAUGCCGCGUUUGUCACAAAAGCAAGGACAUGGAUGCUCCCAUAUGCCGCGUUUGUCACAAAAGCAAGGACAUGGAUGUCUCUAUAUGCCGCGUUUGUCACAAAAGCAAGGACAUGGAUGCACCCAUAUGCCGCGUUUGUCACAAAAGCAAGGACAUGGAUGCAUCCAUAUGCCGCGUUUGUCACAAAAGCAAGGACAUGGAUGCACCCAUAUGCCGCGUUUGUCACAAAAGCAAGGACAUGGAUGCUCCCAUAUGCCGCGUUUGUCACAAAAGCAAGGACAUGGAUGCAUCCAUAUGCCGCGUUUGUCACAAAAGCAAGGACAUGGAUGCAUCCAUAUGCCGCGUUUGUCACAAAAGCAAGGACAUGGAUGCUCCCAUAUGCCGCGUUUGUCACAAAAGCAAGGACAUGGAUGCAUCCAUAUGCCGCGUUUGUCACAAAAGCAAGGACAUGGAUGCUCCCAUAUGCCGCGUUUGUCACAAAAGCAAGGACAUGGAUGCAUCCAUAUGCCGCGUUUGUCACAAAAGCAAGGACAUGGAUGCAUCCAUAUGCCGCGUUUGUCACAAAAGCAAGGACAUGGAUGUCUCUAUAUGCCGCGUUUGUCACAAAAGCAAGGACAUGGAUGCUCCCAUAUGCCGCGUUUGUCACAAAAGCAAGGACAUGGAUGCUCCCAUAUUCCGCGUUUGUCACAAAAGCAAGGACAUGGAUGCAUCCAUAUGCCGCGUUUGUCACAAAAGCAAGGACAUGGAUGCAUCCAUAUGCCGCGUUUGUCACAAAGGCCAGGACAGGGAUGCACCGCUAUGCCGCGUUUGUCACAAAAGCAAGGACAUGGAUGCACCGCUAUGCCGCGUUUGUCACAAAAGCAAGGACAUGGAUGCGUCCAUAUGCCGCGUUUGUCACAAAAGCAAGGACAUGGAUGCACCGCUAUGCCGCAUUUGUCACAAAAGCAAGGACAUGGAUGCAUCCAUAUGCCGCGUUUGUCACAAAAGCAAGGACAUGGAUGCAUCCAUAUGCCGCGUUUGUCACAAAGGCCAGGACAUGGAUGCACCGUUAUGCCGCGUUUGUCACAAAAGCAAGGACAUGGAUGCCCCCGUAUGCCGCAUUUGUCACAAAAGCAAGUACAUGUGCAUCAUUAUGAGUUCCACAAAAUGCAGUGGGAAAUAA